AUGAGGAGUAUAUUGAAACUGGCGACUCUGGGCGCCGUGUCCACAGCUACCAUUUCCUCAUACUACUACAUUUAUGGAUCGAACAGUCAAAUUCCGAUAAUACCCAAGAGAUGGAGACGCGUUGAAGAUGAAGUUGAUCAAUUGCUAGAAGACAAAAUGACACUUAAGGGUAAAACUGGCAGGCAAUUAAAUGAACAACUGAAUCUGAAUACAAGACAUUUGCAAGUAGACCAAGAACUUUUGAUGAGGUCUAAUCUGAAUGAGACUAUGAAGGAUAUAUGGAAUAAGCAAAUACGGACUAUCGUCCGUUGGAUAUUCUCUGUAGGGAAUUAA